AUGGCAGAUUCACUAGCUGAUGUGGAUUCGUACGAGAAGAAAUUACGCGUGGAGGACUGUGCCGCCACGAGGCAGUUUCAGCAGACAGUCUCAGAGCAGAAGUCACACUCCCCUAUCGAUGCUUCUCUGAAGCGAUCUAGCUAUACCGUAUCGUUUAUGCGACAAGUACUGGCCUGUUUUCGACGCGAGCUUUGGCUCUUCCUCGGCGAUCGGUCCAGCCUGUACACCAAGUUCUUCAUCAUUAUCGCGAACGGCUUGAUAGUUGGGUCGCUGUUCUACGGUGAAUCAUUUGGCACGGGUGGCGCCUUUUCGCGAGGUGGCGCGCUGUUCUUCAGCAUCCUGUUCCUUGGCUGGCUGCAACUAUCGGAACUCAUCAAAGCUGUCUCUGGCCGGGUCGUGAUCGCCAGACAUCGAGAAUACGCCUUCUAUCGGCCCAGCGCCGUGGUGAUCGCCAGAGUUCUCCUGGACAUUCCCGUCAUUGCGAUCCAGUCGGUGAUAUUUUCUAUCAUUCUGUAUUGGAUGUCAAAUCUGGAGGCUGACGCAGGGAAGUUCUUCAUAUAUCUGCUCUUCGUUUACACGACGACGAUCUCGGUGACCGCGCUCUACCGGAUGUUCGCAGCGCUGAGUCCCACGAUCGAUGAUGCUGUGCGCUUUUCAGGCAUCUCUCUCAACCUUCUCAUCAUUUUCGUGGGCUACGUGAUCCCGAAGCAGACGCUUACCAGUGAUGUCAUCUGGUUUGGAUGGCUGAUCUAUGCCAACCCAAUCUCCUAUGCCUACGAAGCCGUCCUGACGAACGAGUUCUCUGGACGCAUCAUGGACUGCGAUCCCUCACAGCUUGUGCCUUCAGGACCAGGAGUCGUCCCUGGCUUUCAAGGCUGCGCGUUGACAGGGGCGGCGCCGAAUUCCGUCACUGUCAGUGGCGAUAGCUACUUCGAGACCUCGUUCCACUACUCUCGAUCACAUCUCUGGCGAAAUUUUGGGGUAGUGCUCGCUUUCACCGUACUCUACGUCAUCGUGACAAUGGUCGCGUCUGAGUUAUUUUCGUUUGCACAAGGAGGCGGCGGCGCUCUGAUCUUCAAGCGCACGCAGAAGGCCAAGCAGAUCGCUGCGGUCGAAAACAAGCCUGUUGAUGAAGAAUCGCCCAGCUCUGGUGCCACUACCCAGAUAUCUUCAGAAGCGACAGAUCCGGAGAAGGACAAAGUCGCUCAAGAUAUCUCGGGAAGCAAGUCAGUCUUCACGUUCGAGAACGUCACAUACGACGUGCCGUAUCAGGGAGGUCAACGCCGCCUUCUUAACAAAGUCAAUGGCUAUGUGAAGCCUGGGGUGAUGAUAGCACUUAUGGGGUCGUCUGGCGCCGGGAAGACCACUCUCCUGAACACACUCUCACAGCGUCAGAAGAUGGGUGUCGUUGGCGGUGACAUGUUGAUUGACGGCAGGGCCUUGGGAAUUGACUUUGCACGGGGCACCGGCUUCUGUGAACAGAUGGAUCUGCACGAGCUGACCGCAACAGUGCGCGAAGCACUCGAAUUCUCUGCGCUGCUCCGUCAGGACCGUCAUAUUCCCCGGAAGGAGAAGCUUGACUAUGUCACUACAAUUGUCGACCUACUUGAACUUCACGACAUCGAAGACGCUAUCAUCAUGUCGUUGGGCGUCGAGCAGCGAAAGCGACUGACCAUAGGGGUGGAGCUAGCCGCAAAGCCGUCGCUGCUGCUGUUUCUUGAUGAGCCAACAAGCGGACUCGAUGCGCAAUCUGCUUUUUCGAUCGUGCGGUUCCUUAAAAAGCUUGCCGCCGCAGGUCAGGCCAUCAUCUGCACUAUCCAUCAGCCUUCGAGUAUGUUGAUCCAACAGUUCGACAUGAUCUUAGCAUUGAACCCUGGUGGCAAUCCAUUCUAUUUUGGCCCCGUUGGCGACAAUGGUCAAGCAGUCACGAAGUAUUUUGCCGACCGUGGUACACAAUGUCCACCAAGCAAGAACGUUGCAGAGUUCAUCCUUGAGACUGCCGCAAAGGGUGGCUCCCGCGGCAAAGACGGCAAAAGAGUCAACUGGAACAAGGCCUGGUUGGAGUCAGACGAGAACAAAGCCAUGCUCGAGGAGAUCCAACGUUUGAAGGAGACUCGUCUUGCCGCAACUGAAAAAUCACAGAGCGGCGCGGCCCAUUCAAAGUCCGAACAGGACAACGGCGCGGAAGAGGCACACGCCUUCGCUGCUCCCGUCUGGACUCAGACAUACCUCCUCACGAAACGCACUUUCAUCGCUUACUGGCGCGAUCCGUCAUAUCUCUAUGGCAAGCUCUUCGUGUCGGUCAUUGUGGGCAUCUUCAAUGGCUUCACCUUCUACAACCUCUCGAACACCCUGGCUGCGUUGCAGUCCAAGCUUUUCACGCCUUUCCUGAUCCUGCUCAUCCCACCCACCAUCGUCAAUGGCGUCGUGCCGAAAUUCUAUCAAGCACGCUCGUUGUGGGAGCUCGUGAACACCCCUCGCGAAUCUAUGGCUGGUCUCCCACGAGACUCAGACACCGCCGGGUACGUCUUCCUGAUGACGAUGCUGUUCUUCCUCUUCCAGAGCAGCUGGGGUCAAUGGAUCACUGCGUUCGCGCCAUCCUUCACAGUUAUAUCGAACGUUUUACCAUUCUUCUUCGUCAUGGUCAGUAUCUUCAAUGGCGUGGUCCGCCCCUACGAGGCUCUUCCCGUCUUCUGGAAAUACUGGAUGUACUGGGUCAAUCCUUCUACAUGGUGGAUUGGUGGUGUUCUGGCAGCUGUGCUGGGUAAGCAGACCGUGCAGUGCGCUGAGGGCGAGACCACCAUCUUCGACGCACCAGACGGGCAGACGUGCGCGGAGUACGCUGCGGAUUGGGUCAGGAGCACAGGGAUGGGAUAUCUGACGAACCCGGAGGCGACGAGUGGCUGUGGCUACUGUCAGUAUGCGAAUGGUGAGGAGUACUUGGCCACGAUCAAUGUGAGCCCUGGCGAUAAGUGGAGGGAUUUUGGCAUCUUCCUGGUGUUUGUCUUCAGCAACUGGGCGCUUGUGUACUUCUUCAUCUACACGACCAGGGUUAGGGGGUGGUCGUUCGGGAUGAGUACACUCUUCGGGGGCGCUGGGAAGAUGAUCGGUUCGGUCAAGGGCCUUCUCCGGAAGAGGAAGCAGGAGCAGGGAGGGGACGAGAAGGCGGUUUGA